AAAAAAUGAAAAUAUUCGAAUUGCAAUAGUUUGAUACACAUAAAGUUCAAAAGACAAGAAAUAAACCGAUGGCCGGAGGAGCCGGCUCGUUGGAGCAAACGCCGACAUGGGCGGUUGCCACUGUGUGUUUCGUGUUCAUCGUCAUCUCUAUUUUUAUCGAACAAAUCAUCCAUAUGAUUGGACAUUGGCUCAAGAAGAAACGAAAGAGGGCACUAUAUGAAUCCCUAGAGAAGAUCAAAGCAGAGCUUAUGUUAUUGGGGUUCAUAUCGUUGCUUUUAACUGCGGGCACAACUCCUAUUACAAAGAUUUGUAUAUCGAAGGGUGCUGCCGCGAGUUGGCAUCCAUGCAGCCGAAGCGAAGAGGGAACAACGGAAGAAAAUGGCGUAGAGAGUCGCCGAAGACUACUCACUUUGUCAAAGAUGGGCGAAGCUGCACGACGGAUUUUGGCCGGAAGUAGUGGUGAAGAGAAGUGUGAACGAGAGGGAAAAGUAUCGUUCAUGUCGUAUGACGGGGUUCAUCAACUUCAUAUUCUCAUCUUCGCUCUCGCCCUCUUUCAUGUUAUUUAUAGUGUUGCUACUAUCGGCUUAGGACAAGCUAAGAUGAGAAGAUGGAAGCAUUGGGAGAACGAGACGAGAACUAUAGAGUAUCAAUUCUCUCACGAUCCAGAGAGGUUUAGAUUUGCAAGAGACACAUCAUUCGGAAGAAGACAUAUGAAAUACUGGAGCAAAUCUCCCGUUCUACUAUGGAUUGUUUGUUUCUUUAGACAAUUUGUCCGAUCGGUCCCAAAAGUUGAUUAUCUCACUCUUAGACAUGGAUUCAUCAUGGCACAUCUAAGUCCACAAAGCCAGUCGAGAUUUGACUUUCAAAAGUACAUCAAGAGAUCGCUUGAAGAGGAUUUCAAGACCGUUGUGGGUAUAAGUCCACCAAUUUGGUUAUUCACCGUUGCCUUCCUGCUCUUUAAUACCCACGGGUGGUUUUCUUAUUUGUGGCUACCAUUCAUACCAUUGGUUAUAGUUUUAUUAACUGGGACAAAAUUGCAAGUAAUAAUAACGAAAAUGGGAUUAAGUAUUAUGGAAAGAGGAGAGGUUGUACAAGGUGUACCUGUGGUUCAACCCGGUGACGAUCUGUUCUGGUUCAACCGACCUCGUCUCAUCCUCCAUCUCGUCAAUUUUGUACUCUUUCAGAAUGCUUUUCAAGUGGCUUUCUUUGCAUGGACUUGGUAUGAAUUCGGAUUGGAUUCUUGUUUUCAUGACCACACGGAAGACAUUGUCAUCAGCAUCACAACGGGGGUGGUAGUACAGAUCCUAUGCAGUUAUGUUACACUUCCUCUCUAUGCUCUCGUCACACAGAUGGGAUCGACUAUGAAGCCCACAGUGUUCAAUGACACCGUUGCAACGGCUUUAAGAUCGUGGCACCAGACUGCUCGGAAACAAAUCAAAAGAAACAAAAAGUCGGGUCAAGUGACCCCGAUAUCAAGUAGGCCCGGGACACCAUCUCAUGGCAUGUCACCGGUUCACCUUUUACGUAACUUCAAAAACGACAAUGAUAGUUUUCAAACGUCUCCUAGAAUGUCAAACUUCGAUACUGACACGGAUGGUUCACCCUCACCAUCCUAUCACAAAGGCCGGGACAGUAGUGAACCGUCCACGAGCCAUCAGAUAGAGAUGGGAACCGUGGACCAGAGUAACGAGACCAACGAUCUUGGUUCGUCACAAACGGUGAUAGUUCCCGAACAUGAGGUGACAAUACAAGUUCCUAAAGAAUUUUCGUUCGAUAAACGAACAACAAGCAUAUGAUAGUCUUGUAAGUAAAGGAAAACAUGUAACCACUAAUUUAAUUUAUUUUCUUCUUUUAUGGAAUUUGAGAAAAAUAUUGUAUAAAAUAUUUACUUCUAUUUUUUCUAUCUUUUUGUGGCUUACUUUGUACGUGAUUAAAUAAUUGAAUGUUAAUAUAAAUUCGAAAACCAUCUCGG